AGCGCCGGUCUACUAAUUAGCAACCAAGCAAAUUUUCGCUGUCAAUAUUAAAUUGUCUAUUUUCAGUUUCGAUGACACUGUGGAGCAGCAGCCUCAGAGUAUAACGAAAAUGAUGAUACAAAAUUCAGUUACCAAACGUAAAACGUUGAUCUUUGCCAUUUUUGGCAUCGCUUUGGGACUUUGCAUUGGCACUGUUCUUAAGAAUUAUCGCGCACUUGAGAUCGUCAAGCGUUGCAGCAUGAAACCCAGUAAUCAGCAGUCUCCAUUUGAAAUCAUCGGCAUGAAUCCAGAGGAGGAAACGAUAAAAACCUCUCAGCGGAAUCUUGUAUUUGUCGGCGUAAUGACGGCGAAAAAUUUCAUCGAAGGACGUGCCCGUGCUGUUUACGACACUUGGGGCAAAGAGGUGCCUGGUCGAAUAGCGUUCUUCAGUUCGGAAAAUUCUUACUCGAAAGAAAUGCCAGUGAUCGGGUUGAAAAAUGUAGACGAUCGAUAUCCGCCACAAAAGAAAUCAUUUAUGAUGCUCUAUUAUAUGUAUGAACAUUUCAUCGAUAAAUUUGAGUGGUUCAUACGCGCCGACGAUGAUGUAUAUAUCGAACCAGAGAAAUUGGAACGCUUUCUACGUUCAAUCGAUAGUUCGAAACCACAAUUUAUAGGUCAAGCUGGUAAGGGCAAUAGCGAAGAGUUCGGGCUGCUAUCGCUGGAGUUUGAUGAAAAUUUUUGUAUGGGAGGCCCUGGUGUCAUAUUGAGUAGUGAGACACUGCGUAGAGUGGCACCACAUAUACCGACUUGCUUAAAAAAUCUGUAUAGCACACACGAAGAUGUUGAGGUGGGGCGUUGUGUUCAAAAAUUUGCUGGCAUACCAUGCACUUGGAAUUAUGAGAUGCAGUAUAUUUUAAGGCACAACUCAAGCGGUCCAUACGCAUUCACUGGUAAAUUGAAACGCAAAGAAAUUCACAACGCUAUAUCCCUUCAUCCGAUCAAGCAAGCUCCACUGAUGUAUCGUCUGCAUUCGUUCGUCCAGGGUCUUAAAGCUGAAGAAAUGCGACAAGAGUCCCUCGAGCUACAUCGUGAUAUUAAACGCAUGGCCAGCUUUUUGGAGAUACCCAAUGAUAGUAAAUAUUUAGUGCCAGGUAUCGAAUUGAUACCCGAAAAAACAAACAGCGAUCAACACUACGAAGAUCACAACAUUUUAGGCAUUACACCGGAUCUGAAAAAGUUCACGCCUUCAUCAACUGCCGAUCUACUUGAAUGGUCGUUCAUUGCGCGAAGUCUCUACUCCAGUGAAAAUGCAAAUCCAAAGCACAAAAUCGAUUCAGCGUUGCGCGAAGGUCUCGAAGAUGUCAUCACAGAAGUAAUGGAGAAUAUAAACAAUUAUUCCCGACAAAGGGGACGUGUUAUCGAAUUCCGGGAACUCCUCUACGGCUACAAUAGGUUGAAUCCCUUGCAUGGGCAGGAUUUAAUACUAGACUUAUUGUUGAUUUAUAAACGAUAUCGAGGCAAAAAGAUGACUGUACCGGUGCGUCGCCAUUUGUAUGUGCAGCGGGCUUUCACGGGUACUUUUGUAAAGGAAUUCAGCGAGGACUUUUACAAUGUCACCCUACAGAAAAACUAUCUGAAUGACAUGCUGAAGUCUGGCAUGGAGCGAAUUUCAAAGCACUUUACCCUACCUGGUUUGCCGAUCGCUCCCGAAACUUCGAAAAUCGUAUUUGUACUACCCAUCGCCGGACGUUAUGCCACAUUCAAGCGCUUUUUAGACUCCUACGAGCGUGUAGCAAUAGAGCAGGACACCAAUUGCGACUUACUGGUAGUUAUUUUUGGCAACAACACUAGCGUGCAAGGUCACUUGCAACUCUUGCUUAAUCUGCGCCAGCGUCACGUUUACGAACACAUAAACUAUAUACAAAGGAAUGAAGAAUUUUCUCGGGGCGUGGCCUUGGAUGUGGCCGCGCGUUCAUCUUACAUACAAGACAACGACAUAAUGCUCUUCAUCGAUGUGGAUAUGGUAUUUCAAUUGGAAACAUUGCAGCGAAUACGGCUUAACACUGUGCAAGGGCGGCAAGUAUAUUUACCAAUCGUGUUCAGUCAAUACGAUCCCAAAAGGCGUUGGAGUGGCGAAAACGUAGAGAAUGCAUUUACACCUGCUGAGCAAAUUUCUAAUGCAUCUGGGUACUUUCGGCAAUUUGGUUACGGCAUUUGCGCUAUCUAUAAAUCGGACAUACUCGACAAGGACAUAAAUGGCUUGGAUAAAGAUAUUACCGGAUGGGGAUUGGAGGAUGUAAAAUUCUUAGAUAAAAUCGUUAAAGUUGGUAACCGGCGAAAUGACUUCCUUGUCAACACUGCCGAGGUACCAACUCAAUACAAUGAAGCAGCGCAAAAAAUGCGGCGACUUAGUAUAUUCCGAGCUCCAGACCCCUCAUUAGUACAUAUAUUCCACGAUAUCAGUUGUGAUGUCAAACUUGAUGCUCCACAAUACAAUAUGUGCCUAGGAACGAAGGCAAACUCACUGGGCAGCACCCAAUUUAUGGAGCAAUUAUUUUACAGCAAUAAAGAAAAUAUAAACUUCAUUUUAGAAAUUAAUCGCAGGAAAGAGCAAAGAUGAAAUGCUACAUGUGUACAUUUAUAUAUUCCACUGCAGAUUACAUGUUCGGAACAACACCGUACAAAACAUUCAACAAUUUAUAGGGUAGGUUAAGUUUUUGUGGCAGUCGGCUUAGAGUAGCCUACUCACUUAGACGAUGUAGGUCCGUUGUGGUACCACGGUGUAACACGGGAACCUUACUGCUUACUUUCACGGAACCAGUUAGACUCUCUUAUGUAGCGUAGGAUAGGUUUAGCAUUUAAAAAGCAUUAAUGCCAACGUAAUAAAACAAUUUCAACAACUUUGGCAGUUUUUGCUUUUACCA